AAGGCAUGAAUCCAGUCGUCAAAUGCCGCCGUGCACUGCCGUGCGAGGCAUCGCGUGUAAGUAUCGCGUGUGCCUUUUGCGAUAUCCGCUAUUCGAUCGCGCGAGAGAGAGUGUGAACGAUGAGCAAGAAGUUUCAGAUGCAUUACUUAGACGUUUCUCUAGAGCUGCCGCAGUCUCCCGAUCUCGAGGUGACGCCGGUGUACCUGAAGAAAAAUAUUCUUCACGCGGUCCGCCAGCUGUUCGGCGAGGAGGGUGCCAGGAGUCGGCUCGACGUCGUGAAGUUUAAUCGUGCCGAGCGCAGAUUCGCCGUCCGCUGCUCGUCCAAUGGUUACACGCGGCUGCGCGCCGCCCUGACUCUCGCCACCACGUACGAGGGCAGAACGUGCGUGUACACGGUGCACCGAGCCUCGCCGAAUCUCCUGUCUCUCACCGCCGACAGUAGGACGUACGUGCACGGGGCGCGGGACGCGUAAUCAUGCCGCUGAUUCGCAAGGAGGGCAAGGACACG